AUGCAAGAACAUGAUUUACUUCAACAAGAAUUAACACAACCAUCAUUAAAGAAAAAUUAUCUAUUAAACAAAAUAGAUAAAUGGAAAAAAGAUUCAAUCACUAAGAUUCAAGUCGCUGCUGAGACUGCACGAAAAACUUUACAAGAAUUACUUGAACAAUCAAAGAAAAGCCUUUCAAAAACAUGUCAUGAUAUUACAGAAAAUCUUCGUACAUCUCUUGAAGCUGAUGAUUUUUCUGAAAAUGACCUUAUACGAUGGAAGAAACAGUUGAAAGAACUUCAAUUAGAAAUGACGUCACCAUCAUCAGCUAAAUUAAUCCCAGAUAAAAACGCUCCCAUUUAUUUAAUGACACUCAAAACUAAUGAUUCUUCUAAUGAUCAAGAUGCAAACAGAAAAAAAUCUUCAGCAUCCUCAAACUCUCCUAAUCAAGAUUUACAAGAAAGGUUCUUGCAAACACUAGGUCCUGUUAAUCUUGAAGAAAAUGGUUAUCUUGCCAAAUGUGUUGAUGCUGGAUCAAGUUUUGCAUAUAUUCGUGGUCGAUUUCUGUAUUCUGAUGGUUGUCAUACAAUCCGGUUUAAAAUUGAAAAUUACCAACAACCUUAUCGUAUUUUCUUUGGAUGUAUGGCAUCUAAAACAGCUUUAAAGGAAAAUGUUUUUAUAACUUCUGAUUCUGUAGGAUGGUUUGGACAUGAUCAAGUCUAUGAAAAUGGACGUUGUAGUAGUAAUGUUCAAAAGUAUGGAUAUAAGAGCAGUGCCAUAAAAAUUAAUGAUGUGUUAUAUCUUACAAUCGAUUGUAAAACAAAACAGAUAAGACUGUUUCAUGAACGUUUAAAAACAAUAUGUACUCUUUCAAUCAACGAAAAUUUAACUCCAUUUCCUUGGCAAUUUUUAUUGGUAUUAUGUAAUUCUGGUGACACUGUUAGGAUUUUACAUAAUGCUUAA